AUGCCGCCGAAAACACCUCCCAAGCCCAUUGCGGCAGAAGCGCUGCCAUACCACUGGUACUUGUUCUUCGGCAUCCUCGAACCGCUCUCUGUGCUCGCGGGCGCCGUGUACGCAAUCCUUCUCCCGGAGCGGUACAAUCACGAGCUCAUCCCUCCGGCCUUCUUCCCGGCGUCUACCCUCCAAAAUUCCCUGCGCCAAGCCGGCGUGCUCACUGAUGCGACUCGCAUGGCACUAGGUCAGCUGGGCAGCUGCUAUCUCCUCAUCAUGCUCAACUCCGCACUCAUGUUCUACGCCCUCCGACGCUAUGUGCGGGAUCAGCAGACGCUGGAGACGCUGAUACGCUGGUUGAUUGUCGUCCUAGGUGUAGCAGACUGGACGCAUAUCGGCCUCACCAUCGCCCUCCUCCCCAACGGCCCACCGAAACGAUCCGGCCUGGUGGGCAUGCACAAGGCCGGCACGCUGGACAAGUUCGUGCUGCUGGCUCAACCGGGCAGCUGGAACAGUCUGCUGUUUGGGAAUAUCCUGAUCACCUUUGGGCUGUUUUGCGCUCGUGUCGCUUGGUGGACCGGCAUUGCACGAGGUCCGGUUGGACAUGCUAAGACAGCUUGA